GGUGCGCAGUAGGGUGCUGCUGCCAUUUUGGAUUUUUGUUAGCUACGAAGUGGGAAGAGGUGAAAGAGACAUGAGGAGGAGAUAGCGGACUUCCUUAACGACUAAGACGUCUUCCAAGACAUCAGUGCAUUCCUAGACAAACAUGGGACCUUCUUCUAGACAUUUGAAGCGGUGAUGAGAAAUUUACAACGAUUUGGAGGGCAGUUUCGAAUCGUCGGGAUGCAAAUAUUUAGCGGGUUAUUUUAACCCGGACGUUGAAACAGCUGUUGUUGUUAUUGUUGUUUUCUCCAUGUCCGGGUCUUCAACAACAACUUCAAGACAUCGGACUGGCUGAGAAGGUUUCUUAAGGUUCCGUCUUGAGGAUUUAAAUAUUUGGGGACGAGAGUUGGUGUGAGCGGGCCAGAGCACCAUGUUUCCCGGGUUCGGACAGCAGCAGUUCCCGGGCCACCCGCCACCGGGCCCGCCUGGGCCUCCCGUGCCGCCGCCUGGACCAGUUGGUUUUCCCACGGCCGUCGCGCCUCCCGUCCACUCAUCACCCAUGGACCUGUUCCGUUGCCCCCGACGACCCGACAUCGGUAACCACGGGCGACGGAUCCUCCUGAGAGCCAAUCACUUCAAAGUGUCGAUGCCGAAAGGUGACAUCCACCACUACGAUGUCAACAUCAUGCCGGAUAAGUGUCCUAGAAGAGUAAACAGAGAAAUCAUAGAAAAGAUGGUCCAAGCCUACAACCGCAUCUUUGGUGACCUUCGACCUGUCUUUGAUGGGCGGAAAAAUCUGUACACACGGGACCCGCUACCAAUCGGAACUGAGAAGGUUGAGCUGGAUGUGACGUUGCCUGGCGACGGGGGAAAGGAUCGUCACUUCAAAGUGUCCAUCAAGUGGGUUGCCAAGGUGAGCCUGUACACGCUGGAGCAGGCACUGGAGGGCCGCCUCGCACAGAUCCCCUUCGAGGCUAUCCAGGCGCUCGACGUCGUCAUGCGACACCUUCCCUCCAUGACGUACACCCCUGUAGGUCGCUCGUUCUUCUCCUCCCCAGAAGGUUACAGCCACCCCCUGGGCGGAGGUCGUGAGGUCUGGUUCGGGUUUCACCAGAGCGUCCGGCCGUCCCAGUGGAAAAUGAUGCUCAACAUAGAUGUUUCAGCCACAGCGUUCUACAAGGCCCAGCCAGUUAUAGAGUUCAUGUGUGAAGUUCUCGACAUCAGAGACAUCAACGAACAGAGACGGCCACUAACGGACUCUCAGAGAGUCAAGUUCACCAAGGAAAUUAAAGGCCUGAAGGUGGAGAUCACCCACUGUGGACAGAUGAAGAGGAAGUACCGCGUCUGUAACGUCACUCGGAGACCCGCACAGACACAAACGUUUCCACUGCAGCUGGAAGAUGGCAGGACGGUGGAGUGUACCGUGGCGAAAUACUUCUUAGAGAGACACAAGAGAAAACUGGAGUUUCCCCACCUCCCCUGUCUACAGGUGGGACAGGAGCAGAAACACACCUACCUACCUUUGGAGGUCUGUAACAUUGUUGCCGGGCAACGCUGCAUCAAGAAGCUGACGGACAUGCAGACCUCCACCAUGAUUAAGGCCACUGCUCGGUCCGCACCCGACAGAGAAAAGGAAAUCAUAAAGUUGAUGCAGAAAGCAAACUUCAACUCCGACCCUUACGUCCGAGACUUCGGGAUCAACAUCUCCACAGACAUGGCAGAGAUCGAGGGCCGUGUUCUGGACCCGCCCAUGCUUCAGUACGGAGGCAGGGUAAACAAUAUUUGGUCACAAAACACGCGGGCGACAGUGGUACCAAACCAGGGCGUGUGGGACAUGCGAGGGAAGCAGUUCCACACUGGCAUAGAGAUCCGAGUCUGGGCCAUGGCGUGCUUCGCUCCUCAGAGGCAAUGCAGCGAGCAGGCACUCAGGAAUUUCACGCAGUCCCUCCAGCGUAUCUCCAACGACGCAGGCAUGCCGAUCCUUGGCCAGCCGUGCUUCUGUAAGUACGCCACAGGAGCCGACCAGGUGGAGAAAAUGUUCCGCUACCUGAAGAACACCUUCCAGGGACUGCAACUCAUCCUCGUCGUGUUACCUGGGAAAACACCUGUCUAUGCGGAGGUGAAGAGAGUGGGUGACACGUUGCUAGGCGUGGCCACGCAGUGCGUCCAGGUAAAGAACGUCAUCAAGACGUCUCCCCAGACGCUGUCCAACCUGUGCCUCAAGAUCAACGUCAAACUGGGAGGGGUCAACAACAUCCUGGUCCCACACAUACGUCCGCGGGUGUUCCGUGAACCGGUGAUCUUCCUGGGCGCGGACGUGACCCACCCUCCGGCCGGCGACGAAAAGAAACCGUCCAUCGCAGCGGUUGUAGGCAGCAUGGACGCCCACCCAAGCCGAUAUGCGGCGACGGUCCGGAUUCAGACGCACCGUCAGGAGAUCAUCGCUGACCUGGCCUCCAUGGUGCGCGAGCUGCUCAUCCAGUUCUACAAGUCCACCCGCUUCAAACCCACACGCAUCAUCAUGUACCGCGACGGGGUCAGCGAGGGACAGUUCCAACAGGUGUUGUGGCACGAGCUGCGGGCGAUCCGCGAGGCGUGCGUGCGGCUCGAGAUCGGCUACGAACCCGGCGUGACGUUCAUCGUGGUGCAGAAACGACAUCAUACGCGACUCUUCUGCUCAGACAAGAAGGAACAGAUUGGGAAGAGUGGAAACAUCCCAGCAGGUACGACUGUUGAUGUCGGCAUCACACAUCCCACCGAGUUCGACUUCUACCUCUGCAGCCACGCAGGCAUACAGGGCACGAGUCGACCCUCCCACUACCACGUUCUCUGGGAUGACAACAACUUCGCGGCUGACGACCUGCAGAUGCUGACGUAUCAGCUGUGCCACACGUACGUCCGCUGCACUCGGAGCGUCUCCAUUCCCGCGCCCGCAUACUACGCCCACCUCGUCGCCUUCCGUGCUCGCUACCACCUGGUGGAGAAGGACCACGACAGCGGCGAGGGCUCACAUCGCUCCGGAGACAGCGGGGAGCGGACGCCCAUGGACAUGGCCCGCGCCGUCGAAGUCCACCCUGACACGCUGCGCGUCAUGUACUUCGCGUAACCAUGGUGACUGUUACCUGGCGAUCCAAAUAGCCAGCUGUACCUCAACUGAAGAAUUUCCCGCCUCCUGUCUUUCAUAUCAGGCCGUUUUGUUACCAUGGAGACCAGCCAAAUAUUUAAAAACUUACAAAGUGUGAAGACUGAAGAGAAAAAUUACGAGACUUUCCAGAACGCUCGCGAAGAAACACCAAGUCUUUCAGCGGUGACUGUAGCGACAACUGUGUCGCUAACGGAGAAUGGAUUUUUAUGGCGUGUUGUUUGAAGAAGCAAGUUUUUGUCAGUAGAAAAUUAAUG